AUGUCCAACGGACUCCAUUUGCAGCCUGCAGGACGCUGUAGGUUGGAUGGCGGGUUGGGCCCUGCGACGGGCGUGUCGGUAGACUGCUCUAGGGUUUAUGGCCCGGGGGGCACGCAACCAGACCACCUCCACGUGGUGCGCCCUGGGUUGUCUGCUUCGCGGCAGGCAGGCGAAGAGUCUGAGUCCAAGUCUUUGUCGCAAGGCCAGCAUGCUGUGCUUGUCUGGGGAUCUCCUUUUUCUGCCCACUUUCUUAGACCUGCAGAACUGUGUAUCGAGCUCGUUGUCUUGUCUCGUUUGUCUUGUCUUGGCAAGUGCGCCACCAAAUUGAAACAUGUGCAUUCAAACCAUCAAAGCAACAGCCUCUUGCAGAAUGAUCAAACUCUAUUUCGACCAUUCCAUCACAACAACAUGCAUAACAAGAACUGGAGCAGCUAUAAAUACUCGUCUCAAAUAGGACUCAUAUUUAACCAGGUCAUCUCAUAUGUGUUCUACAGCUCAAAACCUGAGCUAAACGCAGGGGCCGAUUAUUCAAGGAUUUAUAACACUACGCUACUUAAAUUCAUCCAUAAUAGUUUUAUCUCUUUCAAUAUUUAA